AUGAUCCCGAGAUUCCUGUUCCGGGGUUGGAAUACCGCAAGCGGUGGCAAUCAUAGAUUGAAUACGACAAGCGCUGUCACUCCCCAUGCAUUCUACGGCUCGGACAAGGAACCACACGACAAGUCUAUAUUCCAAAUGCCCACAGCACAGAUCAAGUCCGAGGUUCAGAUGCAUCUAGAGGGGCGACGUGGAAAAAGCCAUUUCAGUUCCUGGGCAGCAAAUUUGCAAACAGCGUUGAACUUUGCAGGCCCCGGAAACGAUGCGUACGUGGCCGUGUUCGAUACCUCACUUCGUGGGAAGCACAACGAAAUCUACCACGUUCACGCCCUUAGAGAAAUGGGCCUCACUGCAUACGUAAUCCCCGAAGAGUACCUUGUGUAUGGCCCCGUCACGGGUGAAGCGUACACAUGCGUGUCGGUAAAGCAGCUUCGCAAUCAGGGCAUGCACAUCACCGAUGGGGCUCGUAGCGGCAGACCAGAAGUGUUACGAGCCCCACCAGAAGUCACAAAGAACGACUUGGCACACGCCAGCAAGAUUGCCAACAUGUUUCGACCGAUCAGCCAUGCCAUGGGCCCUGACCUAUUCUUGACAGUGUUUGCGGCUGAGCUGAGCCGGCUUUUUCGUACAGAUCGAGGAUACAACCCCGGCUCAGGAUGGUCGCAGAAGGACAACAAAGCAAUUUUGGUGCACCUGUCAGAUGCUGUAGAUCUUGCCUCCAAGCUAUCUCCCAAGCAGUCACUGGUGAAUCCAAAGACCUACGUCCAUGGCUUUUCCCAGCUGAAAGCCAUGGUCGAUAUCCUCAUGACGGUUGGACUUGGAAUUGACAGGAAGAGAUCCGAGAUGUCCAAAAAGUCGUCAUCUACAUCACGCGUAUCACCGGCAUCAGGGCAGAAGAGGAAGGCUGACGACAGUCAAGUGUCAACUGAUUCCAAAGUGGUUGAAUUCGCGCUGCAGAAAGCGCUCCCUCGCGAUCUACUUGAGGAUCUGGCUCGACAUGGGAGCACGUUCCAAGGAAGGCUACAAGCCACACGGAAGCAGCUUGAUUCCAACACCGACGGUUUGGGCGCAAAAGCUCAGGCGCUGAAGGACAAGCUAGUUCACACGGAGAGAAGGCUGAAGGCCUUGAGCAUCGACCCGAAAAGAAAUGCACUGAGUACCUCAAUACUCUUUGAUCUGGACGAACUGACCAAACAGGCUCAAACCUUCACUACCAGAUUACAACAUGCAGAAGCGUCACUUGCUGUACUUCAAAAGUCCUGCAAUGAAAACAUCGAAUCGAUUGGAAAGGAAGGGGACCCCUCUGUUCUCCGGGGUCCUCAGAAACCUCGCCAUGAAUCGCCUCCACCUCGACCAAGUGUACCAUUGCAACCAAAGGCGGUGGCAGAACAGAGUGAGGGUUUCCAAGGCCGGGAGAAACGUGUGAAGAAGAAAAUUCCAAGUACGUGA